AUGUCUACCGAAGACAAGGUGCGCGUGUCGGACGAUGCGCCUCGCAACGCCGCGCAGGUCCUCCCUACCGUCAACCCUGCCGCCGAGAAGCCUCAGCCUGCCAACGCAGGCAUUCACCCGGCUCUCUAUGUCAUCAUCUGGAUUGGCUUCUCGUCCUCCGUGAUCCUCUUCAACAAGUGGAUUCUUGAUACUCUCAAGUUUCGCUACCCCGUAAUCCUCACCACCUACCACUUGGUCUUUGCGACCGUUGUCACCCAAGCCCUCGCCCGCUGGACCACCGUCCUCGAUGGUCGCAAAAAUGUCAAGAUGACCGGCCGCGUCUACCUCCGUGCCGUCGUCCCCAUCGGUCUCUUCUUCAGCUUGAGCUUGAUUUGCGGUAACCUGACCUACCUCUACCUGUCUGUCGCCUUUAUCCAGAUGCUCAAGGCCACCACGCCCGUCGCCGUUCUCCUCGCCGGCUGGUGCCUUGGUGUCUCCCAGCCCAACAUCAAGCAGUUCCUCAACGUUUCCGCCAUUGUCGUCGGUGUCAUUAUCGCAUCAUUUGGUGAAAUUGACUUUGUUCUCGUCGGCUUCCUCUUCCAGAUGGCUGGUAUUCUGUUUGAAGCCCUCCGUCUUACCAUGGUCCAGCGCCUUUUGAGUUCUGCCGACUUCAAGAUGGACCCUCUUGUCUCCCUCUACUACUUCGCCCCCGUUUGCGCUGCCAUGAACGGUCUCGUUGCUCUGUUCUGGGAGGUUCCCAAGGUUAGCAUGGCUGAGGUCUACCACGUUGGUCUCUUCACCUUCUUCCUCAACGGUCUCUGCGCCUUCAUGCUCAACGUCUCUGUUGUUUUCCUUAUUGGCAAGACCUCCGCUGUCGUCCUGACGCUCUGCGGUGUCCUGAAGGACAUUAUGCUCGUCGUUGCCUCCAUGAUGAUCUGGGGCACCCCCGUCACUCCCCUGCAGUUCUUCGGUUACUCCAUUGCUCUUGGUGGCAUGGUCUACUACAAGCUCGGCUACGACCAGAUCAAGGGCUACGUUGGUGAGGCUUCUCGCCACUGGGCCGAGUUCGGUGCUCGCAAGCCCGUUCUGCGCAAGCUCAGCAUUAUUGUCAUGAUCUUCUUCAUCGUUGCCCUAUUAUUUACCGGUUUCGCCCCCUCAUACGACCCCUCCAGGGUCGUUGCCGACGUCACUAGCAAGAUGGGCAAGACCGAUGCCAACUAA